AUGGACACGACCUUCAUCACAAUUCACGACCUCUCGCGCGACGCCUCGAUUCUCUAUGCCUCGGACAGCAUCCACGUGGUGUUGGGCUACCAGCCGCAUGAGGUGUUGAAUCGAUCUUGCUGGGAUUACUUCCAUCCGCAGGAACUAUCUUUCGCGCGCAGUGUGCAUGGGCGUGGUGUGCGAUUGGACAAGGCUGCCGUGUUGAAUUAUUGUUCUAUUCGACAUCGGGAUGGAUCUUGGGUUGGGUGUGAGUGUGUGUUUACCGUUGUGUAUGAUGUGUUGAUCGCGAGUACUACGGUCUAUGGAAGGGGGAAGGGAACUCAGAAGCGCGCUGUCGACGCUCCUAUCGUCCGCCAGCUCUUCGACUCCUCGCCUAAUGAUCCACGAUAUCACAUGUUGACUUUUAUAUCCGAUAAAUUCUCACGGCGGCUGAUAGAACCAUUGCACGAGCCGCGCGCGGCUCUUUUUGUUAAUCGCUUCACCCGUACUGCAACGAUCAUGUACGCGACCAGCGGGGUGCAAGACAUUCUAGGCCUAAGCCCACGACAACUAGUUUCGAAGAGUUUCUUCUACUGCAUUCAAGAAGAAUGUUUGCGAGAUGCAGUUCGGUGUCUUGAGGGCGCAAAAGCCAAUGAUUCGAUUGCAUAUUUGCGCUUCUGGUUCCGCAAUCCAUUGCAAGAGGAUAACUUGAACGCAGAGGGAGAGGCAGAGACGCCCGAGUACGAUGGUUAUACAUCCGCCGGUGUAACUGCCGAUUCGUCUGGCCACGCUUACCGUGACCAUGUUGCUCCACCUCCCGUUGAACUAGAAGCUGUCGUUUCUUGUACAUCGGAUGGACUUGUUGUUAUUCUUCGCCGUGCCCGAGCUCCCAUCCCUGGUGGCCCUCUUCCCCGCAACCUGUCCCGGCUUAUUCCAAUGGACUCUUUGCGGCACCUUGGGCUUUGGAGCCUGUUCUUUCAUAUGGACCCACAUCAUAUACUCAACCUGCGUCUUCGCACGGCAUGA